AUGGUAUUGCAAAGUAGAGGUGAUAAUAAAUUGGCCAAAAAGUCAUUUUUCUUAGAUCUAGAUCAGGAUUAAGAAGAAUAUAAUGUGGGCUAAGGUGGUUUUGAUCUUGCUUUCGGCAUGAAUGGGACCAUGAAGGCGUCAAUUGGAUAUUUUACUUUGAAUCAGGUUGAGAUUUACUUCAACUAAUCAACUAAUUCAACCGAAAAAUUAAGAUAAUCUCUCGAGUUCACAAAAUGCGAUAAUAGAUAUUUCAAUUUCCCUAAUCAAGAUAAAGUCAAAUUACUUAUAAGAUGUAACUAUUUGAUCAAGAAUAAUAACUGCUCUUCUAAAGAGGACAUUGAGACAUAUUUCAAUUAGUAGAAAUUCAAUUUGGCAUUUGUGAAUUAAUAUUUUGAUUUCAGCAACUUUACAGACCCAGUUCAAAAAUUUAUAGAUGAUGCUAUGUUUUUUUAACCUGAAAUGGAUUCCUGGAAAGCUGCCAACAUCUAUAUUUCACCUAAUCAAGCCGAGCUCUAUGAUGAUAUCGUGACCAAUACUAGAGAAUAUUCAGAUAACUUAAUUGAAACAGAUGGCAUAUUAUGCACAUACUAUAUUAGAAUGGAUAAGCAAUAUGAUAUAUACUCAAGAUAGUAACUUUAUAGAAUUUAAUUAGAUACUUUUAGAAUAUAUGGACUGAGUGACCUUCUUGGUGAUAUUGGAGGAUUCAAAGAAUCUCUAUAUUUAAUAGGAAUGUUUCUAGUUGGGUUUAUCCAGGAGAAAUUGUUCUUUUCUUCUUUGCUGAAGAAUGUUUAUCAAGUAGAAUAAUAUUCCAAGCAACCUUAAGAAGAUUCUUAGCUUGUAAUUGAUGAUGAGAGUAGCUUAAAUACUUAAAAUUACAAUAUUGUUCAGUAAAGACCAUCAGAUUAAAAGGAAACUGUUUAUAACUUCAAAAAUAGGAAAAAAAUGUUGAGAGCUUUCAAAUUGAAAAAGUAGGAGGAAAAGAUGGCUAAUGAAAAAAAGGCUGAUUAUUAUCAAACUAACUUGCUUCAGUUGAAUAAGAAUGAAAAAGAAUCUAUGUUAGAUAUGAUAAUGAAUAGAUAGAGAUUCAAUUAUUCUUUGACAGAUCUGUUUAAUUACUUAUUAAGACUGGGCUGCUGUACAAAAAACAAAUAUCUAAUGAUGAGAAAAUCAAUGAAAAAGCAUGCGCUUUUUGGGAAAGGAUAGGAGAAGCUACAAGAUGAGUUAGAUUGUGUAACAUUGCUUAAAUCAAUUAGAUCCCUUAAACUACUAGUUCAAGUGUUUAUGAAUGAAAAUCAGAAGAUGCUUUUGAGGUUCUAAAGGAGAAUGAUUUUAGAUUCUGAAUCAACAUCUACUGAUAGUGAUAGAAACGACUUAGACACUUUAAAACUUUUUGAGAGUAAAAGUUAUGAAUUAAGAGGUACGAUAAAAAGAAAGUUACUAGUUUAAACAAUACAACAUUUUAAAAUAAUACAAUUUAAGAUGCUCAUCUUACUCAAGAUGUGUAUUAAAUAAGUAGAAAAAGAUCUGCAUACUAGUAAUUGGGACCAUAAAGAUCUAGAACAAUUAAAGUUAAGAUAAACAAGCGGAGAAAAGUUAGAUGACUUUGAAGUAUUGAAGUAUAUUAACGAAGAAGAACUUGAUGUGACUGAAUUUGGGAAAUAAGAAUGA